UCCAGCUUCUUCUUCUUCUUCCUCCUCCUCCUCUCGAUCCUUCGCCGCCAUAGCCAGAGCUUCGAGAUCGAGCGAGAAAGAAGAAGAAAUUGAAGAUAGGUGUGCUGGAGAAGGAGAAGAGGGGGAGGGAUCGAUGAGCAUCUCGGUGAACGGGCAGUCGUGCGUGCCGCCGGGGUUCCGGUUCCACCCGACGGAGGAGGAGCUCCUCAACUACUACCUCCGCAAGAAGGUCGCCUCCGAGCAGAUCGACCUCGACGUCAUCCGCGACGUCGACCUCAACAAGCUCGAGCCAUGGGACAUCCAAGAGAGGUGUAAGAUCGGGUCAGGGCCGCAGAACGACUGGUACUUCUUCAGCCACAAGGACAAGAAGUACCCGACGGGGACGAGGACGAACCGCGCCACGGCGGCCGGCUUCUGGAAGGCCACCGGCCGCGACAAGGCCAUCUACAACGCCGUCCACCGCAUCGGCAUGCGCAAGACCCUCGUCUUCUACAAGGGCCGCGCCCCCCACGGCCAGAAGUCCGACUGGAUCAUGCACGAGUACCGCCUCGACGACCCCGACACCGCCUCCGCCGCCGCCACGGUCACUGCUGCUGCGGCGGCGGCGGCGUCCGACGCCGGCCAGGAGGAUGGCUGGGUGGUGUGCAGGGUGUUCAAGAAGAAGCACCACCACAAGGAGGCCGGGAGCGGCGGCGGCGGCGGCAAGCACGGCGACGGCGGCUCCAAGGCGGCGCACGCUUACUCCUCCGGCGACGACGCGCUGGACCAGAUCCUGCAGUACAUGGGCAGGUCGUGCAAGCAGGAGCUCGAGCACCCCUCGCCGCAGGCCACGAGCGGCGGCGCAAGGCCGGCGUCGAGGUACCUCCGGCCCAUCGACACCGUGCUCGGCGGCCACGGCUUCAUGAAGCUGCCGCCGCUCGAGAGCCCGUCGGCGGCCACGGCGCUGCCGUCCACGCCGAGCACCGGCGGCGACGCCGCCGACCACCACCACCACCUGCUGCACCACCACCACCGCACCGACUGGGCCAUGAUGGACCGCCUCGUCGCGUCGCACCUCAACGGCCAGCCCGACGCGCCCGACGACCAGCUCUGCUUCGACGCCGCCGCCGACGACGACGACGACGACGCCUCAGCGGCCGACGGCCUCGCCUACUACUCCGCCGCCGCCACCAGGCUACUCGGCGGCACCGCCACAACCAUCGCCAGCGACGACGACCUGUGGAGCUUCACGCGGUCGGCGGCGCCGCCACCUCCGCCGCCGUCCACCACGCCAGAGCGGCUGAGCCACGUGGCGCUGUAACACCACAUCUGUAGAUGUACGUACACAUACGUACGGCUCCUCAGGCGACGGAGCUGCCACUGCCACUGCCACUGCCAGCCCUAGCUCCAUGCUACCCUGCUCCUGCUUGCUAGUACAGUAAAAACUAAAGAGACAAGUAAUUAAGAGGAUCGGAGGAAGAAGACGAAGCAAAAACAAAAAGAGAAAAAAAAAGAAAAAUAAAAGCAAGAAGAGAGAUCCAUGUCGAUCGAUCGAUAUAUUUCAAAGGUGAUUAGCAAAGAUCGAGUGAUUAAUUAGUGAGUGAGACACUGUGAGAAAAAAGAGAAAAAAAUUAAGGACGAGAUUAAAGCGAGUAGUAAGUUAGCUAUGGUGGCACUGUCAAACAUGUCUGCAUCCAUUGUUUAA